UUUGCAAAAUAUAUAUGAAUUUAUAAUAGCAAUUAUGCGAUCAAAAGAGAUCAAAAGAACGUAUAUCAUCAAUCCACAGGAGUGUUGUCAUGGAAACACAGUAUUUAGAUCGGAUAUUAAUUAUUUCUUAUAUACUCUGUAAGUUCGAACUUCUAUGCUUUUUGUAUUAUACUGUCAUUUUGAUUUCAGAAAAAGAAUCUGAUUAAAACAUGGAAUUGGAUCUUGAAUUAAGCAAGAUUAUCGUUUCGUUGCAAGCGGACGAAAAAAAUCGUCGCAGACAAGCAUUAGAAGAAAUAAUGAAAAAUAUAUCUCGGGAAGAGAUGUCGAGCAGACUCGACGAUUUGGCCAAAAUAUGGGAGAGUAUAGAUAGAUUUCUAGUCAGAAUCUUGAAUGAUAAUACUGAGACAUGUCGAGAUCUGACUGUAGGAAUACUGAAGAUUUUUCUCGAAGCUCUGCCACCCAACGACAAGCACAUAAUUUAUGUUAUACCGAUAAUGUCCAGACGAUUAGGCGCACAGGAGCAGCUCGAGCCGUCAGAGGAAGUACGUUUGAAGUGCGUGUCUCUUCUGCGUAUGAUAAUCGCAAAAUACAAAGAUUUAUUAGUGCCAUACAUCCAAGAUGUGACAGGAAUAUUGGCACGCACCGUUAUGGAUAAUUAUCCAAAUGUAAAAAAGGAGAGUUGCAGAUGUAUAUCGGAGUAUGCAAAGACUCUGCCAAGACAUUUCUACUCGCAAUCGGAGCAUUUAAUAAAACCCAUCUUAAGUAAUUUUACGCACCAGCAUUACAGAGUUCGGCUUGCCGCUGUUAAAGCGAUAGGUGAUGUUAUUCAACAUGGAAAUAGUAAGUCGAUGGAAGAAGUAGCGACUCCUUUGGCACAGAGGCUUUUUGAUCAAAAUGGAAUUGUCAGAGAAGCUAUAAUUGAGGUAUCUGGCUACUGGUUGACGCAAUUACCUGAUAGAUAUGGUUGGUGGCACAAACUUCUUCCAUUGAUCCUGACAGGAUUGCAUGAUGAACUUGAAGAGAUUCGUGUGAAAGCAGCAAAUUUGUGGGAUGCUGCAGGAAGAUUAUACAUGGAAGAAAAUGAAAACGACAGAAAAUUAAAAGAUAAGAUGGAUUUUCUUACAGAAGAUCCGGAACAUUAUCCUCCAGAAAUUUCUAGGCCAAAUUUAGGAUGUCGUAUAAUUGCACAGCAGAAUUUAUGUAAGCUAAUUAAUGGUAUCAGUGUCGAGCUUGGAGAUUGGUUGCCAGAUAUACGUGUACGCUCUGCACAAUUACUCUGCAUAUUGAUAUUAAAUGUUGAAGAGGAUGUUACACAAUAUAUUGAAAAGCUCUUGCCACCUAUGUAUCGUGCUUGCAAUGACGAAGACAAAAGAGUCGUGGGCUGUGUGGAAACCGCUGCGCGAUAUCUGGGCUAUUUUGUAGAGCCUAAAAUUUAUUGUCAUUUGAUGCUUCCCACUUUGGAGGAAUGUCUAACAGUCGGACACCUACGUGUCUUCUCGGCGAUUAUCAGUGGCAGCGAACGGCGAGCUCUUUCGUUACAGUUAAACAAAGUUGCUUCCUUUUUACAGCAACCAUAUGUUUGCCAAAGCAGAAAGAGUAACUAUCAACGUCAAAUAUUAUCUUCCUGUGAUUCUCUGCUUGUAGUUUGUAAACAGGACUGCAUAUCAAUUACUCAAGCAUUAUUCACCGUAAUAUUCACCGUGUACGCGAUGAGUGUAGAGUCUUUCAUUCGCGAGGAAGCAGACAGACUCUUGGAAGUGCUCAUCGAUAUAAACUCGUUAAAGGAUAAGGAAGAUCUUUUUCGCAAUCAUGUAAAACCGCUGUUAACGUCGAUUCAUGAUGACUGUGCCUCAUGGUCGAUUUACAGUGCAGAAUCGCAAAUUUUUAGCGCUUGCUUAAGUCAUGCUGGAAUCGCCAUAGCACAUAAUAUGGAUCUCGCAUUACCUAUUCUCAAGAAAACUAUGAGCAAAGACGCCGAUCCUGAAUUGAAACUGCGACACUUUAUUCUGCUUUCAGAAUAUUUUCUUAAUAAUCAGAAUUUAAAUCAAUAUAUUGAGGAUCCACAUAAAUUCGUGAAUACGAUUAUCGAGGAAUUGGUUGUGCCUGGACUCAUUUGGAGUGCUGGCAGAGCGGCUGAAGCUAUUCGUACAGCCGCAGUUUGUUGCCUCUGUGCCAUCCUGGAGAACAGGAUAAUUAAUUCCGGCGAGAAAAUAGACGACUCGUCUUCAAAUGAAAAAGCUAAAAUUUACAUUACAGUAGACGAGUUUCCAUCUAUCUUUGAUAAAGUCACGCCUGUUUUAGUCAGUUUGGUAGACGAUAAAGCGAAGAAAACUAGACUGUACUCUAUGCGUGCUAUUUGUUUAUUAAUAACAGUUGGACAGAGAUUAGCCUGUUUGAACGAUGAACAUAUUCAUCGCACAUAUCCAGUGGUAUUGAAAAGACUCGACGAUGGUUGCGAUGAUGUUCGCUAUGCUGCUGUGGAAGCACUCGUUGAUAUAUGGAACAGUGCGUCUAAAGAAUAUGAUAUUAUCGGCAGUAGAAGUCAUAUUGAUGCUCUAUACACGACAAUGAUUAUUCAUUUGGAUGAUCCAGAAUCCCGUUUCCAAGAGACAAUGUUAGAUGCUUUAAAGAGUGUCGCAAAGAUUUAUCCCGAAUUAUUGCAUCAAAAAUUACAUAAUUGUCAACCAAAUUUUAGGAACAAAACAGGGAUAGAAGCACUUUUGGAAUAUUGUCAAAGUAUAUUACAAAAAGAUUAAACUCAUUUCUGAAGAUUUUUAGUAAUAUAGUAUAGAUUAAAAAUGAUUAGAUAUAAAC